AGAAUCUCCGACCCCGAGAAGCACCAGGAGCCGCUCUUUUAUUUCCCUGGAUCUCUCUCAGCGGAACCUCAGGGAAGAGCCGGGACAUGAAUUACCUGAAGCGGCGGCUGUCGGACAGCGGGUUCCUGGGGUCACUGCCCAGCGGGUAUUUGUCUGACCUGGGCCGCCCCGAACCCCCACCCGCCGGACACAGCGUCUCCCAACCCUCCGGCUUCUUCAGCUCCAUCAGACACAGCCCGACCCCGGCACCACUCGGCGACCCCUCCGGGACAAUCCGGAACCUGCUGGUCAUCGGGGAACCGCACACCGACUGGGCCAAACACUUCCGGGGGAAGAAGGUACAGGGGGAGUGUGACAUCCGAGUGGAACAGGCGGAAUUCUGCGACAUUAACCUGGUGGCGCAUUCAGACGGCAGUUACACCUUCGAUCUCCAGGGCUCCCAGGAUGGGGCUAAAACUGUCAGGUCCUUCCGACCUGAUUUCGUGCUCAUUCGGCAGCAUUCCUUCAGUAUGGUGGAGAACGAGGAUUUCCGGACCCUUAUUAUUGGAAUGCAAUACGCCGGAAUCCCCAGCAUUAACUCUUUAGAAUCCAUUUACAAUUUCUGCGACAAGCCAUGGGUGUUUUCUCAGCUGAUUUCUGCCUGUAAGCUCCUGGGACCGGAGAAAUUCCCACUAAUUGAGCAAACGUAUUACCCCAACCACAAGGAAAUGCUGGCAAUGCCAACGUUUCCGGUUGUUGUGAAGAUUGGUCACGCACACGCUGGGAUGGGAAAGGUGAAGGUGGAGAAUCAUUAUGAUUUCCAGGACAUCGCCAGUGUUGUCGCCCUCACCCAGACUUACGCCACCACCGAGCCCUUCAUCGACUCUAAAUACGACGUGAGGAUUCAGAAGAUCGGAAGUAACUACAAGGCCUACAUGAGAACCUCCAUGUCCGGCAACUGGAAGACGAGCGCGGGAUCGGCCAUGUUGGAGCAAGUUGCCAUGUCACAAAGGUACAAAAUGUGGGUGGACAAGUGUUCGGAGAUAUUCGGGGGGCUGGAUAUUUGUGCGGUGAAGGUUGUACAUGGGAAAGACGGGAAGGAUUAUAUUAUGGAGGUAAUGGACUGCACUUUGCCCGUCAUUGGGGACCAUGAGGCAGAAGACCGGCAGCUCAUUGCUGAUUUAGUGGUAAAUAAGAUGAAUCAGAUUGUGGCCAAAUCUCCUGUGAGACCAACUGCAACUCUGCAACCUCAGACGGGGAGCCCAAGUGAGUCGGAGCCCAACAAAAUGACGUCCCAGCGCCCCCCACCCCAAGGGUGCCCUGGGCAACCCCAAGAAAUUAUAUCGUAUGGAUACACGGCAGUUCAACCUAUGGCCAAGCAAAGAGAGGAUGAGGAACCACUUGUACAGACCAUGCAACAUCCUGAAUCAACUGCUCUUCAGUCUCCCUCCAUUCAGACCAAACCUCCACAUGCUCAUAUCCAGCCUCCACCUGUACAGACCAAGAAUCCAUAUACUCAGAUGCAGCCUCCACCUGUACAGACCACCAUACCCCAUGGAGCUGCUCAACAGCAACCAGAUUUUGGACAGGAGGCUUUAGGUUCUGGGAGAGUGUCACAAUCAGACCCACCACAAAAGGCUCAUCCUCAGCUCAACAAGUCCCAGUCCCUGACCAAUACUUUCAGCUUCACUCAAGCUUCCUUCUUCCGGUCGGCCAGUAGUGAUGAGGAUUCCAAGGCUGAGACUAUCAGGAACCUCAGGAAAUCCUUCGCCAGUCUCUUCUCUGAUUAGUGAGCAGAUCCAGUGGCUUUUAGAUGCACCAACGCACUUCCUAAUAAAGGGGGGAAAUUGUGUUUCUGGCAGGAGAACAUCACUGAUCCUCGAAACAACCCUCUGAACUUCCCUGACCCAGCUUGACCCUCUAACCUUUGCUGAGCAUUGGACCCUCUUAUACACAGUUACUUUUUAUUCUGAAUGAUGUGUAGCCAGUGUGUAACUUACUCACAACCAUUUAGCAUGCAGCCCUCAAGCUCCAUCAAGACCUAUGAGCUGGUGCUGAGAAAUAUUACAGGAUGAUCAACCAAGGUUUCCAGAAAAAAAAACCCUAUUACUACCAUGGACUAUACCUUACUGCUGUCUCCAUUUUGUCCUACUGUCACCAUCUUACUUUAUUGCUUCCAUCUUGUCCUGUCUCCAUCUUGUUCUACUGUUCCCAUCUUGCCCCAUUGUCUCCAUCUUGCCCUAUAUCUCCAUUUUGUCCUACUGUUUACAUUUGUCCUACAGUCUCCAACUUUCCCUACGGUCUCCAACAUGUGACAUGUCCUACUGUCUCCAACAUGUCCUACUGUCUACAUCUUGCCCUACUGUCUCUAUCUUGCCCCUACUAUCUCCAUCUUGUCCUACUGUCUCCAACUUGUUCUACUGUCUCCAUCUUUCCCUACCGUCUCCCUCUUUCCUUACUGUCUACAUCUUGUCCUACUGUUUCCAUCUUUCCCUACUGUCUCCAUCUUUCCCUCUUUCCCUACUGCCUCCAUCUUGUUCUACUGUCUCCAUCUUGUUCUACUGUCUCCAUCUUUCCCUGCUGUCUCCAUCUUGUCCUACUGUCUCCAUCUUUCCCUACUGUCUCCAUCUUUCCCUACUAUCUCCAUCUUGUCCUACUGUCUCCAUCUUUCCCUAC